CAGACUCGGGGAAAUAGUAGGCUAUACAUGUGGAGAACGCGAGCGGACGUCCGGCUAUUGCGAAGAACAAGAAGACGUGCUGAGUGACUUAGGUUUGACACCGAGAAUAUACUGUCCAUAUGUCAACGAAGGGCAGAAAGUAUCAUAAGCGAGUAUCGUUCUCCGAAGAAGAGGAUGAACAGAAUUGGAAGGAAGAAAACGGCGGUGUGGAUGCUCAUUAUCUCAAAUCCGUCCAAACUGUCCGCGAGUCGUCAGGAUAUUAUGCGUACAAUAUGAAAGCGGCGAUGGAACGUGAGCUCCCUGUCCAGCGCCGGAUGACAGCGGCGCGGGACAAGGGUCGUCGGCCAGCUAUGCGCGGGCCGGCCUUCAUGUUCAACGACCGCACCACAAGCAUGACCGCCGAGGAGGAGCGCUUCCUCGAUGCUGCUGAGUAUGGCAACAUCCCUGUGGUGCGCAAGAUGCUAGAGGAGUCCACCACCCUCAAUGUCAACUGCGUGGACUACAUGGGCCAGAAUGCACUGCAGCUGGCAGUGGGCAAUGAGCACCUAGAGGUGACAGAAUUGCUCCUGCGAAGGGACAACCUGGCACGCAUCGGUGAUGCUCUGCUCCUGGCUAUAUCGAAAGGCUACGUGAGGAUUGUAGAAGCCAUCUUGGCCCAUUCGUCCUUCCAAACCAGAGAGCGUUUGACACGAAGCCCGUGCGAGCUGCAGGACGACGACUUCUACUCGUACGACGAAGACGGUACGCGUUUCUCCCCCGAUAUAACCCCCAUUAUUCUUGCUGCCCACUGCCAGAAGUACGAGGUGGUGCACAUGCUGUUGCUGAAAGGUGCGCGCAUCGAACGGCCUCACGACUACUUCUGCAAGUGUGCGGAUUGCGUGGAGAAGCAGGACAAAGACGCUUUCAGCCACUCACGCUCACGCAUCAAUGCCUACCGAGGCCUGGCCAGCCCGGCGUACUUGUCACUGUCUAGCGAGGACCCAGUGCUCACUGCCCUGGAACUGAGCAAUGAACUCACCAAGUUGGCCAACAUUGAGAAGGAGUUUAAGGAUAAAAAGAGCCAUAAAAAAGAGACCACGCAGCACAAUUGCUUCUCCCUGAAUGACUAUCGCAAGCUGUCUAUGCAGUGUAAGGACUUUGUAGUGGGAGUGCUGGACCUCUGUCGAGACACGGAGGAGGUGGAGGCCAUUUUGAAUGGGGAUGUCACUGCUGAGAAGGAGGCAGGUCAAGGCCUUCGCUCUCUCUUGAGCAGGGUCAAACUCGCCAUCAAGUACGAGGUGAAAAAGUUUGUGGCCCACCCCAACUGCCAGCAGCAGCUUCUGACCAUCUGGUACGAGAACCUGUCAGGCCUAAGGGAGCAGACGAUCGCUGUGAAGUGCCUGGUGGUGGUAGCGGUAGCCCUGGGCCUGCCCCUGCUGGCUGUGGCCUACUGGAUCGCCCCCUGCAGUCGGCUGGGCAACGCACUGCGCAGUCCCUUCAUGAAGUUUGUGGCCCACGCUGCCUCCUUCAUCAUCUUCCUCUGCCUGCUGCUGUUCAAUGCAUCGGACCGCUUUGAGGGCAUAAGCACCAUGCCCAAUGUGACCGUUACGGACCACCCAAUGCAAAUCUACAGGGUCAAGACCACAGAAUUCAGCUGGACGGAGAUACUCAUCAUGGUCUGGGUCACAGGAAUGAUGUGGUCUGAGUGUAAGGAGCUCUGGACUGAGGGGCCCAGGGAAUACAUCCAGCAGCUGUGGAAUGUUCUGGAUUUCGGCAUGCUCUCCAUCUUCAUUGCCGCUUUCACUGCCCGGUUCUUCGCGUUCCUACAGGCCAACAGAGCCCAGCAGUAUGUCAACGAAAAGGUCCACGCCACUGACCUCUCCCAAGUAACCUUACCCCCAGAGGUUAAAUACUUCACAUAUGCGAGGGACAAAUGGCUGCCGUCAGAUCCCCAGCUGAUCUCUGAAGGACUUUACGCCAUCGCAGUGGUGCUGAGCUUCUCACGCAUUGCCUACAUUCUGCCGGCUAACGAGAGCUUCGGACCGCUUCAGAUCUCCCUCGGGCGCACGGUCAAAGACAUCUUCAAGUUCAUGGUCCUGUUCAUCAUGGUGUUCCUGGCUUUCAUGAUUGGCAUGUUCAUCCUCUACUCCUACUACUUAGGUGCCAAAGUCAACCCGGCUUUUACCACGGUGGAGGAGAGCUUCAAGACGCUGUUCUGGUCUAUAUUUGGACUGUCCGAGGUUUCCUCCGUGGUGCUCAAGUACAACCACAAGUUCAUCGAGAACAUUGGUUACGUGCUCUACGGAAUCUACAACGUGACAAUGGUGGUGGUGCUGCUUAAUAUGCUCAUCGCCAUGAUCAACAGCUCUUAUCAGGAGAUCGAGGAUGAUGCAGAUGUGGAGUGGAAAUUUGCACGCUCGAAGCUGUGGCUGUCCUACUUUGACAACGGCAAGACGCUACCUCCCCCCUUCAGCGUAGUUCCCACUCCCAAGUCCCUCUACCACCUGAUCAGGUGGAUAGUUGGCUUGCUGCAUUGCAAACGACGGAGACUGAAGAAGGAUGUGGAGCUGGGGAUGGACAGUUCAAAGUCCAGGCUCAAUCUCUUCACCCAGUCCAACCUGCGCAUUGCAGAUUCCCACAGUUUUAACAGCAUCCUGAACCAACCCACUCGCUAUCAGCAAAUCAUGAAGAGGCUCAUCAAACGCUAUGUGUUGAAAGCCCAAGUGGACAAAGAAAAUGAUGAAGUCAAUGAAGGUGAACUUAAAGAAAUCAAGCAGGACAUCUCCAGUUUACGCUACGAACUCCUGGAAGACAAGUCUCAGGCCACAGAUGAGCUGUCCUUGCUUAUUCAGAAGCUGAGUGACAAAAUUAACAUAGGCCCUACACACUUGCCCUGUGAUUAACACCACUGCAUCCCCACAGUUCAACAGAUACAAGGAGAGUCCCCCAAAGUGGGCAGUGUCAAAGUAUUUUCUCCACACACCACAAAAAACACCUGGUAAAACUAUUUAAUAAAACAGUAUGUGUACUUAAUAACCCAUCUUAUAACUGUAUGUUUCUUGGACUGUUGAAAGCAGUUUAAACACAUACACAGCUCAAGAAAAGAGUAAAAAAGUAUUGUUGCUUAUUUGGUGUGGGGAGAUCUUGGGUCAGACUUAAUUUUCCCUGUUAAUGUAAAAGGUUUGAAUUAGGCAAGGGUAAGCUGAUCCUAGAUCUGUACCUGGGGGAGACUUCUACCCCAGGUCAUUAUUAGGACAAAAAUAUUGUGUUAUAAUUUUUUAUAUAUUUGUAUGAUUUAAUAUGAUGGGGAAAGUUUGUACGGUUAUAAAAGUUGGAACAAAAAUGACUAUAACAUAUACAUAUAUUUUUUUUAUUAAACCAGAAGAGGUCAAGAUCAUUUACACCUCUUUUAUCAAUACCUCACCUGACAGAAAUAUCGGAAAAUCCGCUUGUUGCAUGUAGCAGCUUUCUGACAGAGUCAAGCAAGCGUUUGGUUAAAAUAUUCUAAUACCACAUAAUGCCGUUGACCUAAGGGGUCCAGGACAUGUGGAUGCAAAGUAGCCCCAUAACACGGAAGAUCCACCUCCAUAUUUUACAGUAUACAGAAUAUGCAUCUGCUUUCUGCACGUUCUGCACACAUCUUGAAGCCAACCCUGUGAGCUGUCAAAAAGCAAAAUUGCCAUGUCAUCCAGUAAAUGUAAAUGUCUCUAAUUUACUAAACAGCAUUACCACUGGGUUUGGGAGAAGGUGCUUAGGUGACAUAAAAAAAGUUAUUUGGCCAUGCCCACCAGUUCUAUGUAUGGUUUUGUAAUGAGAAUGCCUGAUUAGAAAUUAACCACUUACUGCCAAAUAUAGUGGUGGAUCUUUGAUAUGACGUGGGAUAUUUUGCUUCCACUACAGGUGUACAUGAUUUUGACAUCUACCCUUCUGAGGGAAAGACAAACUGUUUUCAAUGCUGCCUCUGCUGAGCAAGAGUAUAAAAUAUCAUAAUUAUUGUAUUUUAAUUACUUUCAGUCAUUUUUGUUUUUUCAUCAGCGUACAAACCUUUCUAACCCAUUAUAUACUUUGCAUUUUUGAGUAUUAAUUAAACGUACUGGAGGCAGACCUGCUCUGACUUAGUGGACGAGUUUGCAUUUGAAACAAGCUGAAUGUGCUGAGCACUUUUGACCAUUGUAAACAUUAACUUCAACUGUGUCACAACUGUGUCACCGCCGUCCUCUCAACUGACUCAACUUAUCACAUUAAUUUCUACAUUUGUCCCAGGGCAGAUCUGCCUCCAGUACAUGUUUAAGUAUUAAGACUCAGAAAUCUGUAUACUUCAGCCAGUGGUUUUCACCUAGGGGGAAUUUUCUUUUAUUAUAUUGACAUAUUAUGUUUCUUUUUCUGGUCAAUGUGCACCUGGUUGCGAAGCACCUGUAUUUUAAACACUGCCUUUGUUAUUCCUAGUGCUUUGGCUAUUUCGGGGUCAAUAUUGUGUUUUAGAAGUGUCCAGCUCUGGUCCUGGAUUGUGUUAAUGCACAUGCAAUGGCUAUGCAGUACAGGAUGAUAUCCUGAAGCUUGUAACACAUUGACAAGCUCUAGAUUAAGAUUCAGAAAUGCCAAUAGGCAAGCAGAGUGUUAAGAUUGCAUACUUCAUUUUAUUCAAACUCAAUCUGUGCAAUUGUGAGACGUCUAUAAGAUAAAUAACAUGUACCAGCCAUCUCAGGUUACAGUAGACCUCGUGUUGACUUAAAUGGGACUUGGCAUAAUGUGGCAAGUCUAUACUAUGCUUGCUUCUUGUAUUCCACAAUAUAAUUCUUAUUAUACUUGGUAAGUCUUUGGGUCUCUUCAUUACUUUUAAUGAUCUCAUUCUUCAUAAUGAAUACUAUGAAGUGCACCACAUCAUUUAAAGAGGUCCUUGUGUGGGUCAACCUAUUUUCAUUAGAAAGUUGAAAAUCACCUCUUCGGGACCAGGGUUGGUUUACACACCCACUUAACUAUUUAUUGGUAUAAUAUAUAGCUCUACAUUUCCUCUAUCAAUUAUCUAUGCAGGAUAUAUUUUAUUCCCUAUGUCUGAUAUCUAUAUUGUAAUUAUUCUUGGGAACAAAAACAUGCAUUUGAUUACAUAUUGUAUUUGAUAGAAAGAUUUUCCAUUGGUUGUUCUUACACUGUAAAUAAUAUUUAUUCUGGUUCAAUAAUGGUGGGAAUUCUUUUUUUCUCUCUUUUUAAGGAAAACAAAAAUAGUUGAAAUAAUAUUUUUAUGCAUACAUUAUAUGAAAAUCCAUAGCUACUGUGUUGCAAAAGCUUGAAAUGGACAACCAUAUAAAAUAUAUAUAAAACCCCAUUUCCAAAAAAGGUGGGAUGCUGUG